AUGGGCGCGUGCGAUGACUGUGGUCCAGGUUGCAACAUCCACCGCAACAAGUGGCAGCGAAGGGUUCGACUCCCGAGACGUCUGACGCCUAGGAGGCAUGUUCUAAUCUGGACCUUGCUAUGCCUUGUCACCUGGCAGUUGCUACAUAAUCGCACACGGCUGAACCUAUUCUCAAGUCGCAAGCAUACCGGUACGGCCCUGGGGCAUAUUGAGGCGCUACCAGAAUCAACGAAAGGCGAGAUUAGGCAAAAACGGCCCCGUGAUACCUCGUCCAACUCCCAAGCCACGCCAGAGGAACUCACAAUUGACUCCGUACAAGGAGACAAUGCCAAGAAAGAUCAGACGAUCAUAUCUCAGGACAAGCAAGGAGCUUCAAAACACGGCGAAGACGACGAGGAUGAUGACGAAGCCAUGAUCCGAAAGCACAAAGCCGCAGAGUCCAAAGAGCUGCCCGUCGAAGGAGGUCUAGUCAUUGGGAAGGAGGCCAGUCCUGAUCCCGAACAAGAGCAGAGUCAGGAGUCUGAGCAGCACCUAUCUCUCGAAUCACGGGCAGAGUCGCUACCAGACUUCAUAUAUGUGCCUUUUGAGGAAGCUGUCAGAGAUGAGAAGCUCGCUGGAUGGGAGGACGAGUGGAUCGGCCAUGGCAUCUUGGACACUGCUAAAUCUGGGGGCUUGACAGAACCCAAGAUUGACUUUGUGUACCUUUGGGUCAAUGGAUCAGAAGAGGAAUUCCGCAAUACAAUGCUCCCUUGGGAGGUGAAGUCUGUGCUCAACGACCCCGAAGGACUCUGGAUGGCGUCUCAUGGGGUCAAUCGGUACCGAGAUUGGGACGAACUCCGAUAUUCAUUACGAAGUAUACACCGCAACGCCGGCCACUUCCGGAACAACAUUCAAAUCCUCGUCAACUCGAUAGAUGCCUCGACAUCGUCAGAUGGCAAAUGGCAGCGUCAGACACCUUCAUGGCUGCGAGAAAAGUCAGAUGCACACAAUAUCCAGGUCGUUGCACAGGAGGACUUUUUCGACAAAACGACGGCAGCCUGCCUGCCCACCUUCAACUCGUUGACAAUUGAGAACCAGCUUUUUAAUGUUCCUUCCAAUGCGGACCACUUCUUUGCUUUAUCCGACGAUAUGCUACUUGGUGCUCAGCACUCGCCCUCGGACAUCUUCUCGCCACUCUUUGGACCAGUAAUGGGCUUCAAAACGAAUGGCUACAGCACCGUCUCUCCACCCACGGAGCAGGAUGCUCGUCGUUUCGGCGAAAAGCCUUACCUGAUCUACACCUCUUGGCUUCUCAAUCGUCGCUUCGGCAUUCGAAAACGCAAGGGUCAGAGUCAUUUUGGACAUUCGCUCUCCAGGAGCAUCAUGCGAGAAGCUAUCAGCUCCUUUCCUCGGCCAGAGCUGCGAAGCGCUUGCAAGCGGUUUCGAGGUGAGCCUGGCUUUCAGCUUUACUCUUGGUAUGUCACGUUUCACUAUCUGAUCGAGCGACAUCGGGAAGCUCUGUUAUGGAGUUAUCUUAUGCUUCGAAGCGACGUUGAUGGUGACGGCUCCUUAUCAUUGUCGGAGCGGCGGCAGGUCGUUCAGGACAUUGAGAAUGGUCUUGACAACCUUCCCAAGACUUCAUUUCGGCGACGUUACUUCUACCAUGUUUCAGCAGCAUUGGAAAAAGCAGGGCUUGCGCCGCCACAGGUCAACACCAACAUACAGUGGACGUCUCUCGAUGGCCCUGUCUCUAUGCGGGAUGCCGAUUGCAGCGAUUUCGAUGUGGACGACUGCCUGGGUCCAGGAUUCAACCUAUCACGCACUUCCACCGGAAAUCCGGUGUUCACCUCAGCAGUCAUCUUUGACCGCGCAGCACGGCAAAACCCACACUGCGGAGACUGCCUGCUGAAAAUCAUCCUACAUCAAGUGCGGCAGGGCAUGUCGCCGCUUCUACCCUCAGCUGAGCAUCAGCCACAGCAACGAGAGUUGGUCGUCAAGGCUCUCAUGCGAUAUAAAUAUACAAUUAUGGACCCCACAAACUCACUGUUUGUCAUGGUCACGGACGCCGAUCAAGUUGACAGUACUCUUGUGCGAAAGUAUAUCCGAGAAGGCAAGGACAUUCCUGGCCAGCUCUGCCUCAAUGACGACGUCUCAACGACCGACGAAGAUGAACUUCAAGAUACCCACGAGGCGAUGACGGAAUUGCUUCAUGGCAUGUUUCCCGAAAAGGCAGAGUGGGAAAGGUGA